CUCUUCCGGGGUUUCCUUAACAGCAUGGCGAACUUGGAGCAUGCCGAAGACGACUCCAAACAAGUGAAAAUGUCAGGUGAAAUCACCGCCGCCACUGCUCAGGUCCAGCCGGCAGAGGUGUCCUCUGCACCGGGCAGAGACGCGGCCGCUGUGUCGUGCUCUAUCCCGUCGUUCGCUGCCGCCUCCGAGCUGCUGUCAGCGCCGUACUCGUGUCUGGUCAUGAACACGCACCGGAGACACAUCACUCUGCCGCCCAUGUACCUGAACAAGAAGAGGACAGGUAUAAAAGAGGAGCUGGAGGCCGAGCUGCUCAGGUUCUCUCAGAGUCUAAAGGGAGUACCCAUGGCAUAUGACAACAUCAGGAUAGUAGGCCAGCAUGGAAACAUCUAUGAUGACAGUGGAUACAUCCACAUGGACAUAGAGGCCAACUUCAUCGUCUUUCAGCCCACAAAAGGACAGCAGCUGGUGGGUAAGGUGAAUAAACUGGGUGUGAGUCACGUAGGCUGUCUGGUGCACGACUGCUUCAAUGCCAGCAUACCCAAGCCCAACCUGGUUGCUGUGGAAACGUGGCGGGAUGCAGGGCCCAGAAUCGGAGCAGAGCUGGAGUUUGAAGUGACAGCCCUCGAUGCUGAUAUUUUUGGGGUCCUGCUGAUCAGAGGACGACUGGACAGGACCAGGGUGCAGGAGCUGCUGGCUUUGGGCGAGAGCUCAGAGUCCAAUGUAACCACAGACUAUUCAGAACCAGCAGAAACAAACCAAGAACCCACAGAGGAGUCUCCUGUCGACAGCCAUAAGAAAACAAAGAAAAGGAAGAAAGUAGGAGAGGAGCAGACAGGGGAGGAGAUCCAAAGUUUACCCACUAUUUUGGAAAGCAACACAACACAAGAGCUGAACAGAACAAUGGAUGAAGCAAACGGCAAUGAGGCUGGUGAGAAAAAGAAGAACAAGAAGAAAAAGGAAAAACAUGUGAAAGAAGAGGAGGAGGAGAUUGAGCUCUCUCAGGUACAAGGCAGCAGUGACUCGAGCGGUUAUCUUAGCGACAAGCCUAAAAAAAAGAGGAAACAUGAAACUAGUUCAGAUGUCACAUCUAGUUUAAGUGAUAAUGUUGAACCACCAAAAUCCAAAAAGAAGAGGAAGAGUGACAUACAGCAGUUUGCCUAAAAUAUGAAUCAUAUUCUGUUAAGGAAUCAGGCUUAUCGUGUUCUGUUGAGGAAUAUACUGGCGUGCCUUAAUAAAAACACUGUUUUUAGAAUCAA